AAAACAUUUUUUGAUGAUUAUGAUUCUGAAGAUAAAGAUUCAAACCAAGGUUUUUCAUAUGAAGAAAAAAGUAGUCGAAUACCAAGACAACUAGAAGAAGAAGAUAUAAUAGAAAGAUGGGUCAAAAUUAAUAUUGGAGUUGAUUGUGACAUAAUUGACUUUCAUGGAGAACGUACUCAGCAAUAUAUUUUUACACUUUUUAAUAUUGUCAGUGAAUUAUUCAAAAAAAUUUCAACAAAAAUUGUAUUUAAAGUUGUUAUAAUGCGUAUGAUGUUAUAUCCUGAUUGUAAAGACAGUGCAAUAUAUGCUGGUGAGCCAAGAUUUUUGUUGUUUAGUGUCAACAAAUGGAACAGAAUGAUAUAUCAAAAUUCAAAAGAAAAACAUGAUAUGGCAGUAUGGAUAACUAAUUAUAAAAUAAGUGAAGAUGUUAGUUCUUCUCCAGGUGCAUUUAUGUGUCAAUGGAAAUGGUCAUGUUUACUAAUUGAGGAUGUAGGCUGGUUAUCAGCAAUUAAAAUAGCACAUGGAAUUGGUCAUUUAAUUGGAUUAACACAUGAUGGUGAUUUAACAUUCAAUAAUAAUUGUGCAUCAGAGUCUCUUCUUCAAACAACCGUUAUGUCAGAGGUCAUACCAGCUGUCAUGCCAAUUCCUGUAUGGUCUACAUGUUCAACUAAAGAAUUUAAUUCAGCUGUCUUAAAAUAUCAUUGUUUGGAACGACCACCAAGUAAUUUUGAGCACAGCUCAUUUUUAGCUGGUACAUUUUCAUUGGAUGCUCAGUGUCGAAUUGAAUUUGGUGAUGGAUGGAUGUUUUGCAGUAGAAUUGCUGUAAAUGAUCCAUGCAAAGAAUUAUGGUGCAAUAAAGCCUCUGGAAGUAGACGCAGUUGUAUGACCCGUCAAACUCCAACUCUUGAUGGAACACGAUGUGGACGAGGAAGAAAAUGCAUAAAUCGAAUUUGUGAAGAUGCAAAAAGACCAAUUAAUGGAAUAAAUUUAGAGCAACCAAAUCAAAUUCCUUCAACUUAUCAACCAUCAGGUCAGUUAUCACCGAUAGCUUUACCUUUGAAGCCACCCGGAGCCUCUUCUGGAUCAAUUUAUCAACCACCCCAAUCACCUCAACAGUCUCCUUAUCAAACAACUAAACCACCACCUUAUCAAACAACUAAACCAUCACCUUAUCAAACAACUAAACCAUCACCAUAUCAAACAACUAAACCACCAUCACCUUAUCAGACAACUAAACCACCAUCACCUUAUCAAACAACUAAACCACCAUCACCAUAUCAAACACCUGUACCACCAUCAUCACAUCAGCCAACUCAGCAAACACCCUACCAACCAGGUCAGCCACCUUAUCAACCAGGUCAACUUCCAUCACAACAAACAACUCAACAAUCACCCUAUCAACCAGGUCAAUCACCAUCACAACAAUCACCCUAUCAACCAGGCCAAUCACCAUCACAACAAUCACCCUAUCAACCAGGUCAAUCACCAUCACAACAAUCACCCUAUCAACCAGGUCAAUCACCAUCACAACAAUCACCCUAUCAACCAGGUCAAUCACCAUCCCAACAAUCACCCUAUCAACCAGGCCAAUCACCAUCCCAACAAUCACCCUAUCAACCAGGUCAAUCACCAUCCCAACAAUCACCCUAUCAACCAGGCCAACCACCAUCACCCUAUCAACCAGGUCAGCCACCAUCUCAACAAACAACUCAACAAUCACCCUAUCAACCAGGUCAACCAGGUCAACCACCAUCACAACAACCACCAUAUCAACCAGGUCAAGCAUCAUCUCAACAACCAACUCAGCAACCACCCUAUCAACCAGGUCAAUCACCAUCACAACAAUUACCUACUCAACCGGGUCAACAGCCACCAUAUCAGCCAGGUCAACAGCCACCAUAUCAACCAGGUCAACAGCCACCAUAUCAACCUGGUCAACAACCAUCUUAUCAACCAGGACAACAGCCACAGAAUUAUCAACAAUUAACUCAAACAGGAUCUUUUCCACCAGGCUAUCCAUCACCAAAUGGAUCUCCACCAAAUCCAGCUUAUAUGCAGUCUGGUAGUCCUAAACAACCAGCUACUCCUAAAAAAAAUUCAACAAAUAUAAUAUAA